AAUAAUUUAACUAGAAUGAAGAAAAAAAUUAUGCUGAAAAUGACACAUUAAACCCACAAAACGAAAAGGCUAAAGCUUGACGAAAAGAAGAAAAUGAAGGAGAAGUCGGAGAGUGGCGGCGGAGGAGUAGGAUACGUGAGAGCAGAUCAGAUAGAUUUAAAGAGUCUGGACGAGCAACUGCAGAGACACUUAAGCAAAGCAUGGACGAUGGAGAAGAGGAAGAGUUUGAGUGAUGGUGAAGACAACGUCAGUAACACCCGACAUAACCAGAACAACUUUGGACAUCGACAGCUUGUGUUUCAGAGGCCGCUUCUUGGUGGUGGAUAUAGCAACAACAACAACAGCAAGAACGACAUAAUUAGGUCGACCGAGGUUGGGAGGUCGAGAAGAGAGUGGGAAAUUGAUCCUUCUAAGCUUAUAAUCAAAAGUGUGAUUGCUAGAGGUACUUUUGGUACGGUUCACCGUGGAAUCUACGAUGGUCAAGAUGUCGCCGUGAAGCUACUAGACUGGGGAGAAGAGGGGCACAGGUCAGACGCCGAGAUAGCUUCGCUUAGAGCUGCUUUCACUCAAGAAGUUGCUGUUUGGCAUAAGCUUGACCAUCCCAAUGUCACCAAGUUCAUAGGAGCGGCGAUGGGGACAUCGGAGAUGAGCAUACAAACGGAAAACGGGCAAAUGGGAAUGCCGAGUAACGUUUGCUGCGUCGUGGUUGAGUAUUGCCCCGGCGGCGCUCUCAAGUCUUUCCUCAUCAAAACUCGCCGCCGCAAACUCGCUUUCAAAGUUGUUAUCCAACUCUCCCUUGAUCUUGCUCGCGGGUUAAGUUACUUGCACUCUCAGAAGAUUGUGCAUAGAGACGUGAAAACGGAGAACAUGCUUUUAGACAAGUCACGCACCUUAAAGAUUGCAGAUUUUGGUGUGGCUCGUCUCGAGGCUUCAAACCCUAACGACAUGACCGGUGAGACUGGAACCUUGGGCUACAUGGCUCCCGAGGUGUUAAACGGGAGUCCGUACAACAGAAAGUGCGAUGUGUAUAGCUUUGGGAUAUGCCUGUGGGAAAUUUACUGUUGCGACAUGCCUUAUCCUGACCUCAGCUUCUCCGAAGUCACCUCUGCCGUCGUCCGCCAGAAUUUGAGACCGGAGAUACCUAGAUGUUGUCCAAGCUCCCUGGCGAACGUGAUGAAGAGGUGUUGGGAUGCGAAUCCGGAGAAGCGGCCGGAGAUGGAUGAAGUGGUGGCGAUGUUGGAGGCUAUUGAUACUUCUAAAGGCGGAGGGAUGAUUCCUCCUGACCAACAACAAGGCUGUUUCUGUUUCCGCCGACACCGAGGCCCAUGAAGUACACACUACGUUUCCAUUAUUAUUAUUAUUAACUCAUAUAACUAUUUUGGAAGUAGAGAGAAUAUUUUAAGAAGUUAAAUGUGGGGUAAUUAAAAUGUUUUAAUUAG